GUCGCUUAAAAGAAGUGUAUGGGCAAUUAAAAAAAGAAAAUGGUGUUCGAAAGUAUAGUGGCAGAUGUGUUGAACAGAUUUGUCGGUGACUAUGUCGAAAACUUGGACAAAAAGCAACUAAAGAUCGGCAUUUGGGGUGGUGAUGUCGUGCUUAACAAUCUCAUCCUUAAGCAAAGUGCUCUUAAGGAGCUCGACCUGCCGGUUACCACAUUGUAUGGACACUUGGGAAAGUUAAUCUUGAAAAUCCCAUGGAAAAAUUUAUACAGUGCCCCGGUGGAAGCAAUCAUCGAAAAUUUGUACUUGUUGGCCAUCCCAAACUCGGACGUUCGUUACAAUGAAGAAAAGGAGCAACGAAAUGCCUUUGAGGCAAAGAAGGCUGAACUAUCUCGGAUUGAACAGGCCAAGAAAGCCGAAGAAGGGAAAGAAAAAGAAACUCCUGUUGCAGACAAGUCAUUUGCGGAAAAACUGACGACGCAGAUUGUGAACAAUGUACAGAUUAAAAUAUCCAAUAUACAUAUCAGAUAUGAAGACACAACAACCACUGGCCAGCCAUUUGCCUUUGGCGUAACUCUGAGUGAUCUGAGCGUUCACACCACGGAUGAAAAUUGGGUUCAAACCUUAGUAGCUGACUCGGUGACAAAAAUCUAUAAAAUGGCCCAGUUGGAUAUGCUGUCGGUUUACAUGAACUGUAACACGCAGUUGUUCCAGCAAUCCGAUCCAUCGUUGUACAAAGUACUGUUUGAGGAAUCGAUUGCCUCUAAAUCCAGACAACUGGCGGAGUAUCGUUACAUUUUUGGACCCAUCAGUUCGGGAGCGUGUCUGGAAAUGGUACCAAACCCAGAACUAACAGAUGUACCAUUCUCUUCGCCGAAAAUUAAGCUCAAGCUUUGCAUGGAAACACUCGCCAUUGGCCUUACACGUUUGCAGUUUCAGACAACGAUGCAACUACUGGAGGCAUUCGGCCGGAUGAUGCGUGCGAUUCCAUACAGAAAGUACCGACCUCAUGGAAUUGGAUACAAGGGAAACUACAAAGAAUGGUGGCACUUUGCGUACACCUGCGUACUAGAAACUGAGGUUCGAAGACGCCGCAAUAAUUGGCUGUGGGAAAAUAUGAUGCAGCAUCGAAAAAAUUUAAAGCUGUACGAAGAAGCCUAUCGUCAACAACUAACAGCGAAAAAGUUAACCCCGGACAUCAUCAGUCGUAGUGAAGAGUAUGAAAAAAUACUUGACCUGCAAAACAUCAUCAUUAUUCGACAGAAAGUAUCGCUGGAUGUGGAGAAAGAAGGCAAACGACAAGCGGAAGAACAGAAGUCCGCUGGUUGGUUCAGUUCCUGGUGGAGCGGUGGAGCGAAAAAACAAGAGGAUUCCGUUGCGGUGGAUAUAAAAAAACAAUUCGAAGCAGCUAUGACGCCGGCUGAGAAGGCCAAAUUGUUUCAAGCCAUUGGUUAUCAGGAAAAUGAUGUUCCGACUGAGCUCCCAGAGCAUUACGUCGCUCAAAAGCUUCAGUUCCAGCUGAAUUCCUUGGAGGUUUCGAUCAGAAGUGAUGUAUCUGAUGACAGCGCAAUUUUGAAUCGUGUAAUGUUAUUAGAAUUGAAAAGCGUCGUUUGUGGGGUAGAACAACGUCCAUCUGCAGCUGCAAUGAAAGUAUCUUUGGCCAUGCAUGAACUAACUAUCUCAGGUCUUAAGCAAGGCGAAAUCUUGCCGAUAAUGGUAAGAUCACAAUUAGAAGGUUCGAAUACGUUGCUCGAUGUAUCGUUCGAAACUAAUCCUGCCGACAAGAAGUGUGACCAGCGGGUUGUGGUAAACUCUCGACCAUUGCAAAUAGUUUACGACGCGGAAACCAUAAUACAGUUGGCCAAAGUAUUUCAAACUCCGCGCACGGCAACAAUUUCGCAAUUAACAGAUGCUGCUGCAGAAAAGCUAGUCAACAUCAAAGAACGCUCCGCUACAGGAUUGCAGUACGCGAUUGCAAAGCAUCCGCGCCUGGAGCUUAAUAUUGACAUUAUGCCGAGCUAUGUCAUAGUUCCUCGUGGCGGAAUUUUUUCUUCCCGAGAAUCCGUUUUAGUUCUUAGCUUAGGCAAGCUCUUGGUUCAAACCGAACCUCGUCCGUUGAAUCGCAGAGAUGUACAAACUAUGCAUAGCGAGGGCAUCGGACAGGAUGAAAUUCUAUUGGAAAUCAUACACCAGAGUUAUGAUAAAUUUGUGUUCGAGGUGCGCGACGUACAAGCGAUAGUUGCCACUGUUGAUGAGGACUGGCUUGGAUCUCUGCGAUUGAACACCGUCACCGAGAUGCACCUGUUGGAGCCAACAUCUUUUCACGUAUCUGCACACUUGUGCGUUAUCGAUGACGAUCCCCGGUUGCCGAAGUGUAAAAUUUUUGGCGUGCUACCUUCGGUUAACAUUAUCGUAACUGAACAGCGCGUGCUGGAAGUUUUGUCCAUAGUAAGCAGCAUACCGUUUCCGGAAAAUGACGAACCGAUCGUGCCAGCGCCCAUUACCAAAGACACAAAUUUGGUCAGUUCCAGCUUGUCAUUGUUGAAAUAUUUGGACGAAAAACAAGCCAAACUGCCAAAAAUUGCACGUCCAGUUGAAAUGGCGACUGCACUCGACGGUGAAAUUGUUCAGUUCAUUGAUAUGGAAAUUAAGUUUGAGCUAAAUGAAUGCUCGCUAACUGUUUGUAAAAGCGGAGGCGACGCUCCGCUCAGCAGCUCCUCGGAUAUAUUUACGACACCGACUGAGGAGUUUUCACAAUCUCCCGAGGAACAAGUGACUCCACAAACAAAAAUUGUAGCGUUUGAUUUACCCAGUAUAGGUGCAACUAACGAAAAUCAGCAAAAAAUAAUUGCGUUCAAAUUUAAGCAACUAGAAAUGACCAUGGUACAGCGUACUUACGACCUCAAGCUUGCUUUAAAACUCGGUGCAGUAACAUUGGAUCAGUUCCGUUGGCGCAACGACAAAGAACUGAUUUUGAACGUUAUUCAGACUCCGAAGUAUGACUGCAACGAUGCCUAUUUAUUUUCGGUGGAUUACACAAACUGUAAAAAGAGCAGCCCAGAAUUCGCUACCAAGUACGAAUCAGUGGAACAGGAAGUGGCGUUCGGCUUCUCUACACUACUGUUGUUGCUUCACGAAGAUGGACUAAAUGAGUUGAUUCAGCUUGCAAACGACUUCCAAUCCCGGAUGGAGGCAACAACAAAGAAUAACAAAUUGGAGUCUUCUGGAGCACAGGUUCCAAAAGAUCGUAUUGCUACUAUUCACGAAGAAGAAAGUGUUGCAACAGCACUUUUAAAUGCCGCUCGCGAAAGAUUACCAACAAUAUUGGAAGACGAUAGUGUGUUGGACAACAAUGCGAUCCAAAAAGUAUCUCGCAAACGUCGAUCAUUUGUAGAUAGCAUCAAGGUUAGAGUCACGGCAAAGUUGGAAGAUGUUAUUGUUCAACUGCAAAAUGAUAAACGUUCGCUGGCAGUGCUUGCAGUUAAAAAUCUCACCGGCAGCAUAAUUAUGAAAACAUCCUACACGGAGAUAAACUUGCGACUGGAAGAUAUUGUUUUAACCGAUACAAAUCCGGCAACAAUACACAAUAAGAUAUUGUCCAUCAUAGGCGACGACGCUUUGCACGUGCAAGUUAUCCUGUUCGAUACGGACGCUACUUGCGACUACAACUCAGAUAAUAUGAAAAUUGAUGUUCUUAUGGGUUGCGCAAGAAUUGUGUUUCUCAACUGGUUCGUAGCAUCGGUACUAUCAUUCUUGGAUAACUUUCAGUCGGCUCAACAGCGCAUCAAGGAUGCUAGUGCAGCUGCAGCAGAAGCGGCCCGAAAUAAUGUAGUCGAAGCAUACACUCAAGCCACGCGCAUAAAGCUGAACGUCAAAGUAAAAGCACCCAUCAUUAUUAUACCCGUUGAUUCGACUAGCUUAGAAGCAGUGGCCAUGGAUUUUGGUUAUUUGAGCAUCACAAACACCUUCCGUGAUAUUGAUACGGAGAGUCAGCACGGCCCGGCGAUAAUUGACGAAAUGAAGAUCGAACUGAAAGACAUGAAGUUGGGCAAAGUCGGUGUUCGCCGCGCUGAGGCAGUAUGCGAUUCGAUUUCAUUACACAACGAUGAAGAUGUCAGUUAUGAUUUUGACACAGACCAGGGGUCCGUACUUAGUCCGACCAAUUUUACAUUGGCUAUAAAACGUAAUCUAUCUUCUGGCUGGUAUCGGGAGCUUCCUGAAAUUGACGUGUCCGGUCGCUUGAAGAUAGUCGAGCUCAACUUUAUAGCUACUGACUAUUCUGUGAUCAUGCAAAUUUUAUCAAAGAAUAUGACCGAAGGUCAGAAUGAAUUCAAAAAGCCAGCAAAAUUAAACGCGAAUCCGAAUGAAAAAACCAGACAGAAACCAUCUUUAUUUGGGAUAACUAAUUCAAACAUUCAAUUCAAACGUUUUGCAGCUAAAUCGAAUUGGACUUCGGCUACCAAGAAAGCAACGGUAAAGCCAUUCGGUGUAGAUGUGGAUCAAUUGAAAACCGUGGAGAGUUCGGCAGCAAAGCAAGUGAAGAUUGAUACAUUCCUCAAGUUCAAUUUCCAAAUUGACAGCAUCAAUAUCAAACUUUUUACUGCACCCGGCCAAGGAUUAGCGGGAUUCGAAAUAUACUACUUGUCUCUCCGCGGGAAAAAACUCACUGACGGUAGCCUGCAUACAGCCGUAGUGCUUUGCGAUAUCCGGCUCGAUGACAUCCGACCGAAUCGUGAGCAUAUGCUUACCAGACUGAUGGAACGUCGGGUUAAUGAUGACGGUUCAUUGGAUGAGGUUAAUGAAUCACAAGAAGAAGUCUGUGUGGCUAGUUCUCCGUCUAUUUCCACUCCUCGCUCAAUGAUUAACAUCACAUUCAACAUGAAGGAAAAUGAUAUGUUUUUGGAUGUUGAAGUAUCCAGCUUCAAUCUGGUUCUAUCGGUAGACUUUUUGUUAAAAUUGCAGCAGUUUCUCCAACCAGAGGAGUUGGUUGAACAACAAGCUUCACGUGUGACUGAAAAUGAACAAACGGAAAAACUACGCCGCGCAAGUGUGUCUGCCGGAGCGAACAGUGCGCCGCAAGAAGCUGACAGACAAAUGACCGUGAUAAUCAAAAUUGAGCAACCCGACAUAAUACUUGUGGAAAAGAUGGACGACGUCAACUGUUAUGCGUUGAUCUUGAACAACGAAAUAUCUUUGAAUGUGCGUUUGAUUGGCGAACGGCAAGUUAUUAAGGGUGAACUGAAGGAUUUGUGCUUAUACUACGCUGAAUUCAACCCCGAGCGACGCAACUCCACAAAACAUUACGUCGUGCGUCCAUGUUCAAUCAGCCUUAACGGAUCUACACCGGAAGGAUUAGGACUUCAUCUUAGCAUCAAUUCGACAGAAAUCAAACUAUCGGUUUCACCUGCUGUUAUUGAACUAAUGAACAAUGCACUUCAAACGCUAACCGCCAAAGAACAGGCUCAGUUGAGCGAGUCUGAUAAAACUGUUGACUAUGAAGAACUAUGGCACGUGAAAGAAUAUGAGUCGGAUCAGUUUUGGUUUAUUCAGCCUGAUAUAGCAGAAGACGCGCUCAGCCUAGAAUCAUUAGCUACUGUGGAAGUGAAGGAGGAGAAGUGUUUCAUUGACAUACCAUCGAUAUCGUUGAUCGUAGAAACUGGGCUGGCAACCAACACGAUUCCGAUGCUUUUUAUCGAAACCAGCUUGCAGGGAUCCGUUGCAAAUUGGAGUUCAGAUAUGAAGAUAAGCAGCUCCUUGCGUUUGAGUAUGUCGUACUACAAUCAAACGCUAGCUUUAUGGGAAUACGUGAUCGAACCUAACGUUAUCGAGCAAUCCAACGGAACUACUACGUACAUGCCAUGGGAGCUGACAUUCAACAUGGAAGUUGAUCACCACGAAGAUCGAUCUCGGGAACCGACAACCAGGAUGCACAUCGCUUCGAGAGAUAGUUUAGAGAUGACCGUAACGAAGACAUGCUUGGAUGUAGUGCAAAAUCUGGCAAAAGCGUUUUCAGAGGCCAUCAAACGGGAAGGCAUGAUUAUGUCCAGUGUACAGGCGCCUUAUGUGUUGCGUAACGAUACCGGUCAAGACGUAAAGGUGAAUUUUACUGCCAGCGAUUUCCUGAUUCAUCCAUCGCAUCUUAGUUCAUCGCAUACCGAUGACUUGAUUGUAAUUAACCAGUCAGCAGAAGAGACUUCGAUAAGCAAUUGCAUCGUUCGUUCGAAUGGACGUUUGAGCUUGCAGCCCAAGCAUCACUGCUUGGAACGGUCGAUCCUAACGGUAUUGGAUGAUAAAGACAUGAGCAAACGCAUGUUUAUGAAAGUAAUCGUCGCUGACACAGACAAAGAACUAACAUUACCGGUUUACAAGUCAGACAAACGCUACUUCCCCUUGUUUCGUAAAAUGGGCGAAGAACCGUGGGGCCUUAUAUCAGAGGUGAAAAUCGAGCAUGGUUGCACAAUUCUGGUGUUGCGUAGCAUUGUACAAGUGCAUAAUCACUUCACUCUGCCGAUAGACAUGUAUCAGUUUAUCAACCACGAAAAGUGUCACAUUGGUGAAGUUCGUGCAGGAGGAUUCUUAAAUGUUCCGUUAUACUGCUUGUACAGUGACAUGAAAGAGUUGCACUUUUCAAUGAAAGGAUAUCACUCCUCAGCCCAAGGAAUAAGUUGGAAGGAAUCACCCAAUAACUUCAAGCUUAUAAAAGGUUUGCAAUGUGAUCCAACCAAAACGUUUGAGCCGUUCUACAUUAAUGCAGUACGACAACGACAAGAAGUGUUUUAUGAAAUAUCAUCGAAUCAUACGAUGAUGAGUGCGUGUUACGAAAUUCACUUACGGCCUCCAUUUUUGUUGAGGAACGCCCUUCCCAUCGGUCUAACAAUCUCCGUUGCCGGGUGCACUGUUCGACGCGAGUGCGAAAUUACUAGUCAUGAAAGUCUUUCGAAUUCUUCAACUGUGACUGGAGAAGACUUUUUGGAUUACGGCGAAAAGUUAUUGCGACCGGGAGAACUGCUUCAUUUACCAACCGUUAAAACGUCCGCACGUUCCACCAGUGAAACGUCGUAUAUUGUUGCUAGACUUGUUAACUACUUGGAUAAAGAUUGGUCAUGUACCACAGAAAUACCAGCUCAACCACCAGAAUUUGGUGUUUGGACAUUCAAUUCUUAUGAUUCUGUAGAAGUUAUGUCUCUACAAUUGGGUGUAAAAUACGAACAUCGUGCAGACGGAUUAACUGCGAUCGUUUACUGUCCGUUCUGGAUGUUGAAUAAGACUGGAUUAAUGUUGAGUUACCGGGCCAAUGACGAAAAUACAAACAUUCUCUACCACCCCCCGGAGUACGAAGGACCAAUUUUAUUUUCUUUCCGGGAGAAAGUGUUUUUCGGAAAGAAGAAAGCUGCGGUGCGGGUCGAUAAUGGCGAGUGGAGUGAAAAGUUUUCCCUAGAUGUGGCCGGCUCGAGUGGUGUGGUGUUGUGCCACGGAAACAACAUGAAGUACGAAAUUGGCGUAAACAACACCUUGACUCACAAUUCGCUCACGAAGCAGAUUGUGUUUAUGCCGUACUUUGUUCUAAUUAAUCGAGCAAACUUUGAUGUCGAGGUGCAGGAACAUCUUCGGCCUGGUGAUUCCUUCACAAAAGUGCCCAUAAAUGGUUGCGUACCGCUUUGGCCAAAAACCGAAGACAAUCGUAUGCUAAGAGUAAAGAGUGCAGAUCUGCCUGAGGUGACGGCUCCGUUCAAGUACACAGAUGUGCAGUGCACGUUAUUGCAGUUGCGUAACCGGUAUGGUGGCAUUAACGUGGAUGUGCAUGUUACGGAAGGAGCAGUCUAUAUUACGUUUAGUGGCUACCAUCCAGGGGAUGCUCCAGCGCUGCUAAUGAAUCAUACGAAAGAACCGUUCGCUUUCAAAGAAAAAGGUGACGUAAACGGUAAGAUACUAAUGCCGAAUCAAAUGGUUCUCCACACAUGGAUUGAUCCAGCUGGUGAACGUACAAUCGUGUGGGAGAGUGGAUCCAAAGCACCGGCCAUCGAGAAUGAUUUGAGACGAGAUGGCAUCAGCGAAUUCAAGACGCCCAGCGGUAGCGAAAUUUACUGGGUGUCGUUCUUAAAUGGCACGCAACGUGUUCUGUUGAUAACGGAUAAUUGCAGCAUAGCAUCUGGUGUUCACAGUGCUAUCCACCUCGACCAGGUGACGCAAGAGGUGAAACUGGAGAUACAAGGCGUUGGACUUUCGCUCGUGAACAAUAUGAAACCAAUAGACCUGAUGUACAUCGGUAUUGCCAGCUCCGGGGUCAUAUGGGAAGAGCAAAAAAAGUCUGGCCGUUUCAAGCAAAUGAAGAUACAGGAAACGAUCCUCAUAGAAAAUCUUUACCAGCAGUAUUUACGUGACCAAGAGGUUGGCACAGUGGCAAACAAGAAGUACUUUCUCGAUGGUGAUUCUCGUAAUGAGGUAAACUUUGUGGAAAUGAAAAUACGAAAGUCUACCGAACGACGCUUGAAACGAGCCUUUUACCCUGGGCUGUGGGUUAAAAUUAAGUCGUCCAGCCAUCAGCUGCAGUUUCACGCCAAGGUAAACCGCAUUCAAAUUGAUAACCAACUGGUGGACUGCAUCUUUCCUGUGGUCCUAGCGCCAGUGCCACCACCGAAGAGUGUGGCCGCAACUACGGAGUUUAAGCCAUUCGUUGAGAUGAGCAUGGUUCAGCGAAUAAUUCCACAUUCGAACGUGAAGCAAUUCAAGUACCUAGUUGUGCUUAUUCAAGAAUUUCACGUAAAAGUCGAUCUACCGUUUGUGAAUGAAAUUUUCGACAUUAUUAGCACUGAGAUCACCGAAACGGAAGCGAAACAACUGUUCGCAAAGGAUUUAGAAUUGCAAACACAACCAUUGCACGCGCACGUCACAAUUCAGUCGCAACAAGAAGUGAAGAACUUCUACGAUAAUUUGCACCUGGGCCCGCUAAAGAUACACGUUAGCUUUUCCAUGGCCGGGUCUGAAUCAAAGGCGUUACCUGGCAUUUUGUCGACUAUACUUCAGGGCGUCGGAGUAACGCUAACGGACGUCAACGAUGUGGUCUUUCGGCUGGCUUUCUUCGAGCGUGAAUUUCAGUUCCUUACACAGCGUCAACUUGUCUCUGAAUGCGUAACCCAUUACAGUGGGCAGGCAGUAAAGCAACUGUACGUGCUGGUAUUGGGACUGGAUGUCAUCGGAAAUCCGUACGGUUUGGUAGUCGGUUUUACCAAAGGUGUAGAAGACUUGUUCUACGAGCCGUUUCAGGGUGCCAUACAAGGACCUGGAGAAUUUGCUGAGGGACUGGUGCUUGGCGUAAGGUCUCUUUUCGGACACACUGUGGGUGGUGCAGCGGGUGCUGUUUCAAAGAUUACUGGAGCCAUGGGCAAAGGAUUAGCAGCGUUGACAUUCGAUGACGACUUCCAGAAAAAAAGACGUGAUGCGUUGAACAAAAAACCCGCUAGUCUUCAGGAAGGAAUAGCCCGCAGCGGUAAAGGACUGGUGAUGGGCGUGUUCGAUGGUGUGACGGGAGUUUUCACGAAGCCCAUAAGUGGCGCCAAAGAAGAAGGCGUAGAGGGCUUUUUCAAAGGCCUCGGAAAGGGUGCCGUUGGGCUGGUGGCUCGCCCGAUUGCCGGUGUAACUGACUUUGCAAGUGGCAGUUUUGAUGCAGUAAAACGGGCCACAGAGUUAUCGGAUGAAGUCAUUCGAUUGCGUCCACCUCGUUAUCUGCAUAAGGAUGGCAUUGUGAGACCAUACUACCGCAAAGAAGCGGAAGGAUGCAAGUUGCUGAGAGAUAUUGAUAAAGGCAAGUUCGCCGAAACGGACGCAUAUGCGUACUACGAAGUGAUCAUUGACAAUAAGGAUGUUGUUGUACUAACCGACUGCCGAAUUAUCUACGCCAUCAAGAGUGAAAUGUUUGGAGGAUGGCAGUCCGAGUGGUCUCAUAAGUGGACGGAAAUAUUGAGUGUCUCUGUGCUGAAUGAUGGCAUUGAGCUGUUACUGCGCAAUCGUGAUAAAAAGUCGUCGCUGAAAAAAAUGUUUAGCUCGUCAGGACCCAGCAAAAAGAUUCUCCUCAUGUCGGCAUCCUCUAGGCGUGCUCGACUGAGCGCAGAGAUCAGUCAGCUACUAACGAAAGUAAAUUCGUAAAGAAAACCGUGUGCGCCUUCCCAGCCAAUAAGCAAUCAUUAUUGUUAUGCCGACAGCCAAGUCUGAAUUUGGUUUUCGAAACUCUAUACACAAAAAGCUUGCUUUUUUAUUAUUUUCUAUUGUUGUACGUUGGUAAUCUAUAUUUGUAUUUUAUAUGCUUUAGUCUAUAGCUCCAUAUUUCUACUUAUAAACAUAACGAAAAAGAAAAAGUACAAAACUCCUGUACCGUUACAAAAACAAACGCUAUGCUGAAAAUCAUUUUGAGGAAUAAAGCUGAACAAAGAAUAAUUCUAUUUAGUCACCAACGUAAUCGCAACUGCUCCAGGUGAUUUGUUAGGCUUUUACAGUGAUUUGUUUCCCCCAAAAAGUCCUGAUUUAUACACCACAUCAUUAACUAUAUAAUAAAACGUUGUGUGAAUG